GAUGAAGCUUCCUGCGAGCGCCUGUAGCUCAUGGCGCCGCCUGGCCGUGGCGCGGCGACUUGCGGGUUUCUAAGCGGCCUUCACGCGCCGGGAGGCCACCUCCCCACCCCACGCGCGCGGAGGGAAAGAUGGAACUUAGCGCGAAGCUGGAGCAACCAACACCUCUCGAGGACGCGGUGUGCAAGGAACACCUUGAGGAGCAAGAAGUAAAAAAUUUGAAAAAGCCACUGUUGUGCACAGAGCAGUUUGUUCAAACUGGGAACCCUGUGUGCAAGACUGGAGCUGAAAAUGGAGUGCUGACUUUGUUCCACACAAUGAUAAUAGAAAAUGAAUCUGUGAAGAAAGAAAAGGACUCUGACCUUGCUAAGGAUGAAGAAGCAGAUAGAACUUAUUACUUAGACCAGGGGCCUGGAUCACUUGGUCCACAGCCACCGGCUUUGAACUUCACCACCAUUUGCAGGCACCUGCCAACCUACUGUGGGGACACAAAUGUGAAUCCCCAUGAUCUAGGAGCUGAACUAAAUCAAGAAUUUGCCAAGCAGUCAGAGUCACAAGGAGAGGUAUACUGUCUUAAUAUUACAGAGACGAAAAAGAGUAGAAACAAUAGGAUUCUUGUAGCAAGCUCCCCAAAAACAUCCUCUGCUGUGCUUGAGGACAUGGAUAUACUAGAGCAGAUCCAGGAUGUAAAUCAGAAUCUGAGCCUGGGUCAUGCUACACAAAGAGCAGCCAGAUGUGCUGCAACUAACUCUACAGGCCACCAGUCCUGCAGACUUUCUGCAUUCCAAGUAUCCCGAAGCAGCCAGGAUGGAACCAAGGACAAAGAGGUUCCGCCAGAACCCCCAGAAGAACCCGUCCCACCUGCCCGGAAGAAGGCACGUACAUUCUACAGUCCUGAACAGUUAGAGGAGCUGGAGAAAAUGUUCCAUGAAGACCAUUAUCCUGACAAUGAGAAGCGCCGGGAAAUUGCUGCUGCUGUUGGUGUGACACCACAACGGGUUAUGGUUUGGUUCCAGAAUCGCAGAGCAAAAUGGAGAAAAAUGGAAAAACUGACAGUGAAAGGCAACAAGAAAUGCCCAGCUACAACAUCAACUUUGCCAGUAGGCCCCCAACAAAGUUCUCAAGGUGCAACACUGCUACCCAUGCCCUCACUAUCUGGCAAUAUGCAUGAUCCUUCCACCACACUAAAGAUGGAUACUACAACUGUCAACUAUUCUAGCAUGCACAGUGGACAGCCUGCACAGCUGAUCUCUACAUCAGUUGCCUCAUUUACUGGCAGGGCAACCCCGUAUGAACCUAUUCAGACCAAGACCAUCUCCCAAGGCACAUUUGGUUCUGUCAAGGAAGAAAUCUUUCCUGCUAUUCCAAGUCCUCCUCCUAUUCGUAGGGCCAGCCUCCCACUCAACAUGGUAUUUAACCCGAACAAUAAUAUUGUUCCGUUGAUGCUUGAUACCCCCAGCAGUGAAUACAGCCCAUCCAGUCAGGAAAGCAGCUCCUGUGAGGUCUUGACCUACAGCAGCCAGAGCCAAAGUAUCAGCUCUCCAGUGCAAUGCAAUUACCCUGAACAGCUGGAACCUACAGCCAAUCUAGAAAACCCAUAUUAUCACCCAAGCAACCAGGCUGGGGCCUUCCAGUACCCGCAACACCAGGUGUCUCAGUUGCACCACUUCCCAAUCCAUCUUAGCAGCAGUGUGUUGCCCACUGUCCGUCUCACACCAGCUACACCCAGUAAAUCCAGCACAGCUUUUUUCUCUCUACCUGGCAAUGGUGGGCUUGUGACCUGUCCUCGAGAGAACUCUGCUGCUCCAUAUCUACAAAAUCACAUAGGAGGACAGCUCCUAAUACAGCCAUCAGCAGGGGGCUCAGGUUAUAUCCCUGCAUUUCAGUCAGUGCCCUGGAAUGAGUUAUAUGUGCAAGGAGCUCCUUUCUCCAAUCCACUUUGCUCACAGAUACAGUUUUCUAGUGGAGGAGGAUGUUACUCUGCUGAACAGGCACAAUAUGCUCCAAAACAGUGCAUGCCCUCUAGUUCCUGUCUGCUUCAGCUACCUAGAGCAGCAGUGCCAGGAUCUACUAUGUUUGCUGCAAAGCAAAUGGUGUCAACAGAUUCAGAUUCAAACCCAGACUUCCAGUCUCAGGCAGAGCACAUGACACCACCUGAGGAGGACUCUGAUACUGACAAUAUCGCCAAAGAGGAAGAAAAGCUUGCUGAUUUCCCAGAAGAGAGCAACCAGUGAUUCAGCUUCCUCACAGAGAGAAUAGAGAGGAAAGAGAAAAUAAGAUAAGAUUUAUUAACAAUAAACCUUUCUUGGAGAUAAACAGAGAAAAGAAUGUACAAUGUGAAAUUAAGCACCUUAUCACAGACUGGCUCUAUUAUUAUUAUUGUUAUUAAUUUCUAAUUAUUUUAUUUAAGUUAUUCUGCUGAAGAAAGAAGCAGUGAAAUGUCAUUCAACAAGUAAAAUCAAGUCUUUUGUUAUGCAUACAAUAUCUUGGGAUAUCUUUCAUUGUACUUAAUAAAUCCAAAUUUCACAUAGUGCAAUAAAUCCAAAUUUCACACGA